AUGGCGGGUGGUAGGGUAUUUCGUCCCCUUCCUCCGCGGCCAUUCGAGGCACGGAAAAUUGUGUUGAUUCGCUCUACCUUAUUAUUUACUGUGUCAAUGUUUUUUUGCUAUUGGAUAGGAACAAAUGUUGGUACCAUUGCGGCGUUAUUAAUGCUUGUCUUUCUCUGGCUUGGUGGGGCCCUUAACCUUCUGGAGCAUCUCUUCCGCUUUGUCACCGUAACGGGAGAGGAGGCGGACUUCCGUGAUUUGCUUAGACGCGCUGAUAUUAUGCAGCAACCCAAUAUUCAAAAAGUCUCUGACCGAGGAGAAAAUAAUUGGCUUUCGUAUGGUUUUAGCUGUAUGCAGGGAUGGCGACGCACCAUGGAGGAUGAUCACGUGACGAUAUUAAAUGAGGAUGGAGGCUUUUUUGGUGUAUUUGAUGGUCAUAGUGGCGCUAAUGUGGCUAGAUUCUGUGGUGAUAAUAUAUUUGAGUUUGUAAAAAAAACAGCGGCUUUUGAGGAUAAAAAUUAUACCAAAGCGCUUUAUGAUGGGUUUAUAGACAUUGAUAAACACCUUUAUGCAAAUUACGGAAAUGAAAAGAGUGGAUGUACGGCAGUGGUCCUUUUUGUAAAAGGGGAUGAAUUAUACUGUGGUAAUGCGGGUGAUAGUCGUUCUAUUCUUUGCCGUGAUGGUGAACCCAUACCGCUCAGUAAUGAUCAUAAACCGUUUCUCCCCAGUGAACAAUCACGUAUAGAGCGGGCAGGCGGAUAUGUGUGGAAUCGCCGUGUGAAUGGAGCCUUAGCGCUCAGUCGAGCCAUUGGGGAUUUUGGGUUUAAAUCGAAUACACAAGUAUCGUGGGAUCAACAGGCAGUGACAAGUGCCCCAGAGGUUCGAUUUAGUCGAUUGAAUCGUGAUCGUGAUGAGUUUGCUAUUAUAGCGUGUGAUGGUAUUUGGGAUGUGUUAAGUAAUGAACAAGUAGUAGAGUUUGUACGUUUGCGCAUUAAACGUCGAGUUGCCCUUGAUGUGAUAGCAGAAGAACUGAUUGAACGUUGUCUUUCUCCACAUCCAUUCGGUAUUGGAUGUGAUAAUAUGUCUGUUGUUAUUGUUCAAUUCAAACAAAAUACUCCUUCACAAUCUCCCACAAUGGUGAAAGAGAAUAACGAAGUGAUCACUGGUGAAACUAUAUCUCCAGUUAAUGACAAACAAUCAUCAUCAUCAUCAUCAUCUAUUAUAUCUGAUGUAGAAAAAAAUAAGGAAUCCAACACUGUUGACAGUAGCGCUCAAGCAAGCAGAGAAAGAUCUUUAGUAAAAGAGAAACAACAGAAUGACACUAAUCAACUGCCACCUUCAUUAAUAAAAACCACCGGCGAAGUUGAAUCAUCAUUACAAAGUAGCAAUAACGAGAAUGAUCUUUAUAUGGAGGAAUAUUUUACGGAAAUAAAGGCAAAGCGAGAAUAG